GGGCGGGGCUGUGGCACAUUUGCUGCCAAAGAUCUCAUAGCUGCUGCGGAGUCGCCUCGGGAUGUCCUGGCUGGAGUGGCGGGCGGUGGUCGUGGUGAUACUGACGGCAGCGACACGGGCGGCAGGUGAAUGUGGCAAACUCCCACACUUGGAAAAUGGGUCACCGAGGGAUGACUUUCUCAACCAGGUGGCCUUCCCUGUGGGGACAAAGGUGACUUACACGUGUAUCCCAGGCUUCAUGCUGAAGCAGGGCACCUCCCCAACGAUCACCUGUGAGGCAAGCUCGAGCUGGUCACCGCUGGAGACUACCUGUGAACGAAAAUCCUGUGGAAGUCCUGGAGAAAUCCUGAAUGGACGUUACAAUGCAACGGGGAACGAAUUUGGAGACAAGGCUACCUUUUCCUGUGACACGGGGUACAACUUGGUGGGUCGGGAAACCAGGCUGUGUGAGGACAGUGGGUGGAGCGGCCAGGUGCCUACCUGUGAAGUUGUGAAAUGCUCCGAUGCUCCGGCCAUCAGUAACGGCUCUGUUUCCGGUCGUGGUGACAGUGAGUUCUGGGAGCACGGCAUGACAGCGACGUAUUCCUGUAAACUUGGCUACACGCUGAUCGGGCAGGCGGAGGUGACCUGCAAGGCGGACGGACAGUGGAGUUCAUCGCCACCAUCGUGCAGAGUGCCUGGAUGUGGAAAGCCCCCACUUUUGGAAAACGGGUCACCGAGGGAUGAAGAUAUUUCCCAGGACUCCUUCCCUGUGGGGUCGACUGUGACUUACAGGUGUAUCCCAGGCUUCAAGCUGAAGGACGGCACCUCCCCAAAGAUCACCUGUAACUCAAAUUUGACCUGGUCUCCACUGCAGACUACCUGUGAACGAAAAUCCUGUGGAAGUCCUGGAGAAAUCCUGAAUGGACGUUACAAUGCAACGGGGAACGAAUUUGGAGACAAGGUUACCUUUUCCUGUGACACGGGGUACAACUUGGUGGGUCGGGACACCAGGCUGUGUGAGGACAGUGGGUGGAGCGGCCAGGUGCCUACCUGUGAAGUUGUGAAAUGCUCCGAUGCUCCGGCCAUCAGUAACGGCUCUGUUUCCGGUCGUGGUGACAGUGAGUUCUGGGAGCACGGCAUGACAGCGACGUAUUCCUGUAAACCUGGCUACACGCUGAUCGGGCAGGCGGAGGUGACCUGCAAGGCGGACGGACAGUGGAGUUCAUCGCCACCAUCGUGCAGAGCGCCUGGAUGUGGAAAGCCCCCACAUUUGGAAAACGGGUCACCGAGGGAUGAACAUAUUUCCCAGGACUCCUUCCCUGUGGGGUCGACUGUGACUUACAGGUGUAUCCCAGGCUUCAAGCUGGAGGACGGCACCUCCCCAAAGAUCACCUGUAACUCAAAUUUGACCUGGUCUCCACUGCAGACUACCUGUGAACGAAAAUCCUGUGGAAGUCCUGGAGAAAUCCUGAAUGGACGUUACAAUGCAACGGGGAACAAAUUUGGAGACCAGGUUACCUUCUUCUGUGAUACGGGGUACAACUUGGUGGGUCGGGACACCAGGCUGUGUGAGGACGGUGGGUGGAGCGGCCAGGUGCCUACCUGUGAAGUUGUGAAAUGCUCAGAUGCUCCAGCCAUCAGUGACGGCUCUGUUUCCGGUCGUGGUGACAGUGAGUUCUGGGAGUACGGCAUGACAGCGACGUAUUCCUGUAAACCUGGCUACACGCUGAUCGGGCAGGCGGAGGUGACCUGCAAGGCGGACGGACAGUGGAGUUCAUCGCCACCAUCGUGCAGAGCUGAGAAUAGCCGCACCACUAGGCACACCACUCGCGCGCCAAACAGCAGCAGCACUGUGACACCCAAAAGUGAUAAAGGUGGUUCAGCUGGCACAAGUGUUGGACUACAACAUAUACUGUCGCUGCUCCUAACUGCAACAUUAAUAUUCUGCCUUCAGUUAUAAUUGAAGCUGCCUGAAGAGCAAGAGAAGGCAAACUCGUUGAUUCUAUGAUCGCAAAACCCCCAUUAAACGCCUAGAUCAGUUUCACAAGAAACUGUGCAAAAACUUAUUGUCUAGUUUGAUUUUUUUUUUUAACAAAGUAGUGAAACCUUUGCUGUCUGGCAGCUCAGUGAUGCAUUGCAGGGGUGAACGUUUAGCAGUACAGCUGGUUACCUUUCACUGGCCCCUGGUUACCAUGCACUGGCCGCUAGUUACCAGGCUCUGGCUGUAGGUUACUAGGCACUGCGCAUUGGUUAGUGGUCACUGGCCCCUGGUUAGUGGUCACUGGCCGGCCCUUGGUUACUGGUCAUUGGCCCCUGGUUCGUGGGCUCCGGUCGCUAGUUACUGGGCACCAGUGACAUUGAGAACAAGCUGCAGGAUGGAGUUGUGCAGAGUGGAACACCGAGCUAAUCUUUUCCAAUAUGGAAAAAUAUCAGUGCCAGCCAAUAGCUAAAUUAAUUUCAAUAAUAUAUUGGUAAAUAUGUUGCCGUGAAAGAAAAUACUUAAUUUAAUUUAAAUUAUAUUUAUUUGUUAAAAAUAUCUUUAAUCUGCCACAGCUCCAGAGAUGGGGUUCAGUCCCAACCUCUGGUUCUGUCAGUGUGGAGUUAGCACAUUCUCCCUGUGACCUCUCAGUUCCUCCCAGUGCUCAGGUUUCCUCCCAUCUCCCACAGACCGGCAGGUUGGUUGGUCAGUCGGUCACUAAGUUGACCGUGAGGUGUAAGGGGGGAGGGGGAUUUGAUGGGACAUUCAAAAGGGCACAAAGGGACUGAGUGGGAAACCAACUCAGCAUCAGUGAUCCAAAUGUCAAUAUGAAGAAUGUAGACUGUGAUUUUGUAUUGUAACUUCAAUUAUUUAAACCUGUUAGUAUUAAUCAAAUCAUUACUGUGCCAUAUUGUAUGAAAGAUGAAGUUGUAUUCUUAUAUUCUCUAUGCUUAUGAAUUAAAUUAAAUAAAGCAGA